UAUAAAGAAAUGCAUUAUGAUUAUCUGUCGGUUUCUUUGAUUUUCAGGAAAGAGAGUGUGUCUUGGGGAGCAGUUGACGAGGAGGCUUCCUCUUCAUCUCCUCUCUGCUGCAGCGCUUCACUUUCUCUAAUUAAUGACCAAAAAAGUGGACUUUGGAACUUGAUCAUAGAUAAGAGGGAAUUACACACACACAGCCUAUCUGGAGCCCAGCUCACUUGGAUUACUGUACCGUUUAUGCCAACCUCUGUUAAAACUGCUCAACAACACAGGAAAAGUUAGUCAUGGACUUGUGGUACCUUUACGAGUGGAUCGAUAUCAAAAGUAUUUUGAUAUUUCUGUGUGUGUUUUUAUUGCUGGGUGAUUAUAUAAAAAAUAAAGCGCCCAAGAACUUUCCUCCUGGACCCUGGUCUUUGCCGAUAAUAGGAGAUCUUCAUCAUAUCGAUAAUAGCAAGAUUCAUCUUCAGUUCACAAAGUUUGCAGAAAGAUAUGGCAAUAUUUUCAGCCUAAGACUUUUUGGACCAAGAAUUGUGGUGUUGAACGGGUAUAACUUGGUGAAAGAGGUGUAUAUAAAACAAGGAGACAACCUCGCUGAUCGACCAGUGUUACCACUAUUUUAUGAAAUUAUUGGAGACAAAGGUAUAGUUCUGUCCAGCGGAUAUAAAUGGAAGCAUCAGAGGAGAUUUGCACUCUCGACUCUUCGAAAUUUCGGAUUGGGGAAGAAAAGCCUGGAGCCAUCUAUCAAUCUCGAAUGUGGCUUUCUGAAUGAGGCCAUCUCAAAUGAACAAGGUCGACCCUUUGACCCUCGCUUACUUCUGAACAACGCUGUCUCAAAUGUGAUCUGUGUGCUGGUGUUUGGUAAUCGAUUUGACUACAGUGACCAUCACUUCCAGACUCUGUUAAAGCACAUAAAUGAAGCGAUCUAUCUGGAAGGAGGCAUCUGUGCUCAACUUUAUAACAUGUUCCCAUGGCUCAUGCAGCGACUGCCUGGAUCACAUAAGAAAGUUAUUACUCUUUGGAAGAAGGUGAUUGAUUUUAUCCGACAGAAGGUGAAUGAACACAAAGUGGAUCAUGAUCCAUUGAAUCCUCGAGACUACAUUGACUGCUUUCUAGCUGAGAUGGAGAAACUUAAAGAUGACACAGCUGCAGGGUUUGAUGUGGAGAACUUGUGCAUCUGUACCCUGGAUCUAUUUGUAGCAGGAACUGAGACCACCUCCACCACUCUGUACUGGGGUCUUCUCUACAUGAUGAAGUAUCCUGUGAUUCAAGCUAAAGUUCAGGAGGAGAUUGAUCGUGUUGUUGGAGGCUCAAGGCAUCCAUCUGUAUCAGACAGAGACAACAUGCCCUACACUAAUGCUGUCAUUCAUGAGAUACAGAGGAUGGGAAAUAUUAUCCCAAUAAAUGUGACCAGGACUACUUCAGAGGAUAUUCGGAUAGGAAAAUACUCUGUUCCAAAGGGCACAAUGGUGACCAGUAAUUUGACAUCAGUGCUCUUUGAUGAGUCUGAGUGGGAGACGCCUCACUCUUUUAACCCGGGUCACUUCCUGAAUGCUGAGGGCAAAUUCAGGAGGAGAGAUGCCUUUUUACCUUUUUCUCUAGGAAAGAGAGUGUGUCUUGGGGAGCAGUUGGCGAGGAUGGAGCUCUUCCUUUUCUUCUCCUCUCUGCUGCAGCGCUUCACUUUCUCUCCACCAGCGGGUGUGGAGCCCAGCUUGGAUUAUAAAUUGGGGGCCACUCACUGUCCCCAGCCAUAUAAACUGUGUGCAGUUCCACGCUAAAUUAAGAAACACGCAUGCAAUUUUAGACAUUUCAGUCAUUUUAAAGAUAUAUGUUUUUUAAAAGUUUAUUAUUUGGUGAUUUUUUAUAAUGCAAAACUAUUUACAAAUAAGCCUGUAUUGCAAACAAAGGAAUUAUGGGGAUAAGAUGUUGUAUAAAUCCAAGAUCUGAGCUGUGAACUGAGCUGCGGCAUCAGGAGAAAGAACCGUAAAGCAGUCCAGGACCAGACCUGAAAGAGAGAGUAUGAGAGAAAUGUUUAGCAAUGCAUAACGUAUAACGGCACUGUAUACUGCUAAUAUUACAUGUGUGGGUGGGGUCAGUAAAAUGGAAAUAGUCAUUUACAACAUAAUUUGGUCACUUGCAUGUCUUUAGAGUGUUAUAAAGUUACAGUUAUAGGGUGGCAGUUAAUAACCAAUAAUGUACUAUUUCACAACAUUAGUCACUUCAAUCUGCCACUGCAAGAAAGACAGUAGUCCAUGUUCUGAGAAGAAAAACAUUUAUUUUUUGAUAACCCACUGUAAAUGGACAGCACUUGAUGAUAAUAGUACAAUUGGUCAGACCCUCAUAUUCAGCUUUGAUGCGGAGUGUCUCAUCAGGGCCUUUAUGGGCAGAGUUGACUCUGAGGUGGCAGGGAAUGCCAUAUGAAACACAAGCUUAGCUUGUUUAGAGAACCUUUUCAUGAUAUGCUUAUUUUUUGAGAUCGGAAUUUUGGGUUUUUAUGAGCUGCAUGCCAAAAUCAUCAAUAUUAUAACAAUAAAAGGCUUUGAAAAAC